GGGAGCCAGAGCCGGAGCCGGGGGCCGGGGCCGGGCCGGGGCCAGGCCCGAGCAGCAGCCGCACCAGCCCCAGCGCCACAGCGGCGGGCGGGAGCAGCUGCGUCGCCAGCAGCACCAGCCGCAGGAACAGCACCAGCUUCGAUCUGAGUCGGGGCCGCGGGCGGGCGGCGGGUAGAGGGCAGUGGGCAGCAGCCGGCAGACAGCGAGAGGCGGGCGGCUGACGGCUGGCGGUGGGCAGCGGGCAGCCGGCGGGGACAGCGUCUCGGCUCCGUUGCGGGCCAUGUGAGGGGGGAGGAUGCUCGUGGCGCCCGGCCCCCCGAGCCCCCGGAGCCUCCCCACCGCCGCCGCCCGCCAGCAGCCCCGGGCCGCUCCCCCAGCCGCUGCUCCGACGGCCACGGCUACGGCCGCGGCGGACCCGGGGGGCCGGCAUGUAGCGGGCCCGCCAUGGCCGGCACGGACGGCGGCGGCGGCGGAGACCUGAAGACGGCCCGCCUGUGGCGGGAGGCCGCCCUGCGAGCGCGCAAGCUGCGGGGCAACCUGCGGCAGCUGAGUCUGAGCGGGGCCGCGGCCACCGCCUCCUCGGACCAGGGUCCCGGCCCCGGCUCCGGGUCGCCCAGCCCCACGUCGGCCCAGCAGCCUCCGCCUCUCGUGCUGCCCCCCGACCUCGCCGACGUGGAGGUGCUCAACCUGGGCAACAAUGCCCUGGAUGAGUUGCCCACCGGCCUGGCCACCGCCCUGGGCAGCCUACCCCUCCUGCGGGGUCUGGUGCUGCGCCGGAACCGCCUGCCCAGGCUUCCCCCGCUGCUCGGCCAGCUGGGCGCCCGCCUCACCGAGCUGGAUGUGAGCCACAACCGGCUGGGUGCCGUGACCGCGGAGGUGCUGAGCGCCCUGCCCCAGCUUCGCAAACUCAACCUCAGCCACAACCAGCUGGUCGACCUGCCCGCCCAGCUGGGCACCCUGGGCCACCUCGAGGAGCUGGACGUCAGUUUCAACAAGCUCCCCCAGCUGCCCGAGGCCCUAGGCCACCUGCGUGCCCUACGCACACUGGACCUGGACCACAACCAGCUCACCGCCUUCCCCCCUCAGCUCCUGCAGCUGGCCACCCUGGAGGAGCUGGAUGUGUCGGGCAACCGACUUCGAGGCCUGCCGGAGGAGAUUGGAACCCUUCGAGCUCUCAAGAUCCUCUGGCUUAGUGGGGCUGAGCUUGGCACCCUGCCCUCUGGCUUCUGCCAGUUAGCCAGUCUGGAGAGCCUGAUGCUGGACAGCAAUGGGCUGCAAGCCCUGCCCGCCCAGUUCAGCAGGCUCCAGCAGCUGAGGAUGCUGAACCUCUCCUCCAAUCUCUUUGAGGACUUCCCCGGGGCUUUGCUGCCUCUGGCCAGCCUGGAGGAACUCUACUUGAGCCGCAACAGGCUUACUGCAGUGCCUGCCCUGGUGUCAGGCCUGAGCAAACUGCUCACCCUAUGGCUGGACAAUAACCGGAUUCGCUAUCUGCCUGAUUCCAUCGUGGAGCUGACGGGCCUGGAGGAGCUGGUGCUACAGGGGAACCAGAUUGCUGUGCUGCCUGACAAUUUUGGGCAACUCUCCCGUGUGGGCCUGUGGAAGGUCAAGGACAACCCGCUGAUUCAGCCACCCUAUGAGGUGUGUAUGAAGGGCAUCCCCUACAUCGCAGCCUACCAGAAGGAGCUAGCCCACUCCCAGCCUGCAGUGCAGCCUCGACUCAAGCUGCUGCUCUUAGGCUGCAAGGCUGCAGGCAAGACCUCCCUGCGCAGAUGCCUCACUGAGGGAGACCGGGAGGAAGGGGUCCGAGCAGGGAAGGGUAGAGAGAAGGGCCACCCGGGCCUGGACUCUGUCCUUGGUCCAACUUUGAGCAACAGUAAGGGCAUCGAGGUGACUAGCUGGACUGCCGACGCCGCCCGGGGCUUGCGCUUUAUCGUCUAUGAUUUGGCGGGGGACCAGAGCUAUGAGGUCAUCCAGCCCUUCUUCCUCUCCCCGGGGGCCCUUUAUGUACUGGUGGUCAACCUGGCCACCUAUGAGCCCUCCAGCUUCCCCUCCGCAGUGGGCUCUUUCCUGCAUUGCGUGGGGGCCCGCGUGCCGCACGCCGUGGUCUGCAUCGUGGGCACCCACGCGGACCUGUGCGGAGAGCGGGAGCUGGAGGAAAAGUGCCUGGACAUUCACAGACAGAUCGCCCUGCAGGAGAAGCAGGACGCGGCCGGUUUGGGCCGCCUGGCCAGCGCCGUGGACGAGGCCCUGGCUGGGGACUUUGAGCUGCGCUGCGCCAGCCCCCACGCAGCCUAUUACGGGGUGUCGGACAAGAACCUGCGAAGGCGCAAGGCUCACCUGCAGUACCUCCUGAAACACCGCCCGCAGAUCCUGUCCCCGGUGCUGCCGGUGAGCUGCAGGGCCCCAGCGCAGCUGCAGAGGCUGCGGGCCAAACUUCUGUCGGUGGCGGAGCACCGCGAGAUCUUCCCCAACCUGCACCGCGUGCUGCCCCGCUCCUGGCACGUCCUGGAGGAGUUGCACUUCCAGCGGCCGCAGGCGGAGCGCCUGUGGCUUAGCUGGUGGGACUCGGCCCGCCUGGGCCUGCAGGCGGGGCUGACGGAGGACCGGCUGCAGAGCGCGCUCUCCUACCUGCACGAGAGCGGCAAGCUGCUCUACUUCGAGGACAGCCCGGCUCUCAAGGAGCACGUCUUCCACAACCUGCCUCGCCUCAUCGACAUCCUCAACGUCUUCUUCCAGCGGGACGCCAGCCUGCUGCUUCGGAAGCUGCUGCUCGGGGCCCAGGGCGAGGUGGGGAGCCAGGGAAACGGAGCAGGCGCGGCCCUGGCUGGGGAGGGCGGCGCGGACCCCCUGCGGGCCGCCCAGCUCCACCACUACGUGGAGGGCUUCCUGCUGCACGGGCUGCUGCCGGCCCACGUCAUCCGGCUGCUGCUGCGGCCUCACGUCCAGGCCCCCCAGGACCUUCAGCUCCUCCUGGAGCUGCUGGAGAAGAUGGGGCUCUGUUACUGCCUCAACAAGGCCAAGGGCAAGGCUCUGAACGGGGCCUCGGCGGCCUGGUACAAGUUCCCUUGCUACGUGCAGAACGAGGUCCCGCCCGCCGAGGCCUGGAUCGACGGCUCGGGCGGCGCGGCGGCGGCCGCCCUCGCGGGCCAGUCCUUCGUGGCGGAGCAGCUGCAGAUCCGCUACAGUUUCCCCGUGCUCUUCCCGCCCGGCCUGUUCGCCCGCUACAGCGUCCAGAUCAACAGGCACGUGGUGCAGCGCUCGGACGGCAAGUUCCAGAUCUUCGCCUACCGCGGGAAGGUGCCCGUGGUGGUGAGCUACAGGCCCGGCCGCAGCGCCCUCCAGCCCGACACCCUGUCCAUCGCCAGCCACGCCUCCCUGCCCAACAUCUGGACGGCGUGGCAGGCCAUCACCCCGCUGCUCGAGGAGCUGGAUGCCCUGCUUCAGGAGUGGCCCGGCCUCUGCUACACCGUGCACAUCCUCUGCUCCAAGUGCCUUAAGAGAGGCUCCCCCAACCCACACGCCUUCCCAGGGGAGUUGCUAAGUCAGCCCAGGCCAGAGGGCGUCGCUGAGAUCAUCUGCCCCAAAAACGGCAGCGAGCGAGUGAAUGUGGCCUUGGUCUACCCCCCAACGCCCACCGUGAUCAGCCCCUGUUCCAAGAAGAAUGUUGGCGAAAAGCACAGAAACCAGUAAUGGCAGGUGGGGCUAUGGGAAGAGGAAGACAGCUCUGAACCCUCGGGGACCGUCUUGGCUGGUGUCUAAGGGCUGGAACCUCUGCUGGUCUCCCAGCAUGGACAGAUAUGAAAAGUACUUUCAAAGGAUGGAGUGGACAACCCGGACCCUUUGGAAAUGGAGCUGGGAGAAAGGGGAUUGGGGAGGGGGGAAGAAGAAAAGAAGGGGAAAAGACUAUGGAGCAAACGUUUUACAAUCUGAACCUCAGAACUGUGAUCCGCCAAGGAAGAGCUACUUGAAGAGACAGGGGGAAAGCCGAAGAAGGAAGGAAGAAAGGAAGGAAGGAAGGAAGGAAGGAAGGAAGGAAGGAAGGAAGGAAGGAAGGAAGGAAGAGAAAAUCAAGAAAAAAAAGAAAAGAAGGAAGGAAGGUCAAAUGGCCACUCAGGGAUUUUGUUUUCUGUGCACACAUAAGCCAUAGCUGCCGUCCACAUGGCUGGAUCAGAGACUCUGAAGUCAAUUCUGUUCCAUGGGAAAGAGAGACCCUUGCCUGAAGCUCACUGCUGCUGCAGAGCAAUGACCAGUGUAAAAUAUGUAUAUGUUUAUCUUUAUUUUUAUAAUAUGAAAAUACAUUUAAAUUUAUACAGUUGAAAGCUUUUAGCAUUAGUUCACACUGGGUGCAAUAUUCUGCAUGAGAACCGUGCCAAUUUGGGGCUGGUUUCUUGUUUUCCUUCAUGGUUGGGGUCUCUUUCCUGCUCUCGACUUCCUGGUUUUCCCAUCCCCUCACCUGCUCACCUGCAGCCAGGUGGUUUGUGAGGGGAUUCGAGGUCCAUUCUGUUCAUUCUUUGCUGCUAGCCUCUCACCAUGAAAUCGGACAGGAGUAGUCCUGGGCCCCUUCCCGCUGCCACUGUGCAGGAUAUGUAUAAGCCCGCCAGCCCAUGUCCCCUCCGUAGCGGGAGAGCCGGCCAGAUCCACCCUUCUCCGUGGGAGGGGACGUCCUCCGGGAGUCUCCCCUUGCAGUCUGCCCCCAGCCUGGACCUAGCUAUGGGCCCUUCCAAAGCUGGCAUUCUGGGGGCCCGGCAUCCCUCAGAGCCACACUAGAGAAGGCCAUGUAGAGAUGAAAACAUCGGCCCUUCAUGGGGAUUGAGCCUUGGCUCCCAAGGCUUCAACAGCUGGAGGAUACGGACCCCCAAAUGCUGAAAUUCCUCCUGCCGGGCAGGGUCGGGGAGAGCCUUGCUUCCCAGCAGAGGCGCAGCAGGUGUGCUUGCAGACCCCCAUCGCGCCCGCCCCCACAGCUGUUAAUUCACUCACUGAGGUGACCAUUAGGAGAAAUGGCUGCUCGAUGGACCCGCCCCCAUUUCACUGCCCGCAGAGCCCGGCUGAGAAAUCUUACUGCCACCAAAUCGGCUCAGGGACAAUAAAGGUGUCCUAAUGUCCCAGUCUAUCCUGACUUCUCAAGAGCCAGGCACCCUCCAAUCAUUGCAUGAAUGUCCGCCCAGAGGCAUCGGAAAGUAAGCACCCCGGGCGUUUGGGUUUUCCUGCCCGGGAGCGGCAUCCCCUGGGGCUGUGAUUAAAAAAUAAGACUCUGCUAGGUGGUUUCCUGCCCCGGAGCAGCAUCCCCUGGGGCUGUGAUUAAAAAAUAAGACUCUGCUAGGCGGUUUUCUGCAGAGCUCCCAGAAACCGCUCUGGCAUUAUGUGGCCAACGGUCCCCAUCCACGGAGCCCGCGUUCGGGGUAGGGAUGGUGGUGGGCUGCCUCAGUUAUGUGAUGAUGGGGAAUGGACCUCUCUCUCUAUCAGGAAUAAAGGGAUUAAGAGGAGGAGGAGGUCAGACCACGGGCCAGCUGGUGGUCAUCUGUUAGUCCUAAAAAAAGGUAUUGCCCCCUGAAUGCCAGUGGCCUUUACAAGUUCCGCAUCCCUCUGUAAGGCACAGUGGGGGUGGAGGGCUGGAGUCCUCCGCCGGGAGGCCGGCCUCUCUACCCGAGGCCGGCCGGGCCGAGCGGGCGGACGUGCCAAAUGUUCCCGGCCACGAGAACCCGGUUGGACCCGUUUCUCUGUCUCCCUCGUGCUCUCGAAUACUUGAAUAUGCUGGGCGGCUCCGGCCGGAGGCUCCGGGAGCCCGCGAGUGUCCCCGUUUCUCUGUGUAUGUGUGUACAGUGUAAGCAGGCCGGUGCCGUGUCCGUGGUUCUGCGGCCCACCUGUCGGACGCGGGGCGGGUGGGCGCCCUAGGUGUGUGUAUCCGUAUCUAUGCAUAUAGGUCUCUCUCCUUUGUAGCUCGGCAUGAAACAGUGCGGUCCGUCCUAGCCAGAGCGGCCCGGCCCUCCUGCGGAGAUGGCCGAGGGCCCGCCGUGGGCACGAGUCACCCGGAUGCCCGUCUCCUCGUGCGUCCUUGUGGUAGUGUGGAAUGUGUGACGUGUGCUCUCGAGGAACCCCGGGGGGGGGGGGGGGGCAGAGGUGGACCCCCCCUCCCAGCCCGAUCCGCUGGAGAGCCUGCUUCGUCCGAGCAGGGGAGCCAAGCCCGGAUGUCCUGAAAACACUUUCUGCCAUGCAGGAAUAUUUGCCACCGACGCGGGGAAUUCCGCAUCCUCCUCCCACGCAGGGAAAGGACUGACCCGGCGCCAGGGGAGGCUGGAUCGGCAUUUCGGGAACGUGGAGGGACGAAGCGACACAAAGCACAAGAGGGGCUCCCGGCCUCCUGGACCCCUCUCGGGACUCAGAGGAGCUGCCCAGAGCGGUGACGACGGCUCGAGUCCGCGUCCAGGCAGCUGCUAGGACUGAACAGGGCUGCCCACAUACGUCCGACCGUUCACACCUGACGCUUGGGCGAUAGACUCUCCUAAAGAUGAGCAAGGGCCGGCUGGCUUUGGUGGACCCUCCGGUGGGUUUUUCUCAUGCCACAGUUUGUGAAAUGUAAUUGCAGUUGACUGUCAAAUCGUCUUAAAUGGGCAGAAUUUAAAAAAAUAAAAAUUCUUGCCCUGGAAAAUUUAAAUAAAAGGAAAAGGAAA